AUGUUUCACGUGGAAGAAGGAAGCAGUGCAGACGGCGGGUCUGAGAUGGAUGAUGAGAUAACCGGAGAUGAUUCUACGACGUCAUUGUCGCGCUGGGUUAAGAACGAUUACGACGAUUUCGACGAUGAGUACGACGACGAGGUGUACGACGAGCAUCAGCACGCGGAAAUGGAUUCCGACGACGAGGACGACAAUGUGGAGCAGCGUUUGAUUCGAACUAGCCCCGCCGUUGACUCCUUCGACGUCGACGCACUUGAAAUCCCCGGAACUCAGAAAAACGAAAUCGAGGACUCUAGCAUAGGAAGGAAGCUCAUACUUGCUUUGCAGACUCUAGGGGUUGUAUUUGGCGAUAUUGGAACGAGUCCAUUGUACACUUUCAGUGUAAUGUUCAACAGAUCUCCGAUUAACGACAAGGAAGAUAUAAUCGGAGCCUUGUCAUUGGUUAUAUACACGUUGAUACUGUUCCCUCUUGUAAAGUAUGUACAUUUUGUUCUUUGGGCCAAUGACGAUGGUGAAGGUGGUACUUUUGCGUUGUAUUCGUUGAUCUGUAGAAACGCAAAUGUUAGCCUUAUCCCGAAUCAACUUCCGUCAGAUGCUCGCAUAUCGGGAUUCGGUUUGAAGGUUCCGUCUCCGGAACUUGAAAGAUCCUUGAAAAUAAAAGAAAAACUUGAGGGGUCAAUGAUCUUGAAAAAGCUUCUUCUGGUUUUAGUUCUUGCCGGCACUGCUAUGGUGCUUGCUGAUUCCGUUGUUACGCCUGCAAUGUCAGUAAUGUCUGCUGUUCGUGGUUUGAAGAUUGGAGUUGGUGCUAUAGAACAAGAUCAGGUGGUCAUGAUAUCAGUCAGCUUUCUUGUGAUCUUGUUCAGUGUGCAGAAAUAUGGAGCCAGCAAACUGGGACUCACUUUGGGUCCUGCUUUGCUUAUAUGGUUUUUUAGUCUUGCGGGCAUUGGGAUCUACAACCUCGUUAAAUAUGACAGCAGCGUUUUUAGGGCGUUCAAUCCAGCGUAUAUCUAUUUCUUUUUCAAGAGAAACUCUGUUAAUGCUUGGUAUGCGCUUGGGGGUUGCGUUCUAUGUGCAACUGGAUCGGAGGCCAUGUUUGCAGAUCUUAGCUUCUUUUCUGUUCACUCUGUCCAGCUUACAUUUACACUUCUGGUGUUACCUUGCCUCUUGUUGGGUUAUUUGGGCCAAGCAGCAUACCUUUCUGAGAAUAUCAGCCAUGCUGGGGAUGCUUUCUUUGCGUCAGUUCCAAGUUUUUUGUUCUGGCCAGUCUUUCUCAUUUCUAAUAUCGCUGCUCUAAUUGCCAGUCGUUCAAUGACGACAGCCACAUUUACAUGCAUCAAACAGUCAAUAGCACUGGGCUGUUUCCCACGUCUUAAAAUCAUUCACACCUCGAAGAAAUUCAUUGGACAGAUUUAUAUACCGGUUCUAAACUGGUUCCUUUUGGUGGUGUGCCUGAUCGUUGUCUGCUCUAUCUCAAACAUCUUCAUGAUUGGAAACGCAUAUGGCAUCGCAGAACUGGGAAUUAUGAUGACUACGACGAUUUUGGUGACCCUUAUCAUGCUCCUUAUCUGGCAGACGAACAUCAUAGUCGUGAGCUUGUUUGCAAUUGUUUCCUUGGGAGUCGAACUGGUUUUCUUCUCAUCAGUUAUAUCAAGUGUGGCUGACGGAAGUUGGAUCAUCCUGGUCUUUGCUACCAUCAUGUUUUUUAUAAUGUUCGUUUGGAACUACGGGAGUAAACUCAAGUAUGAAACGGAAGUCCAGAAGAAGCUACCAAUGGACCUACUUCGGGAACUGGGCAGUAAUCUAGGGACAAUUAGAGCACCUGGUAUUGGUCUGCUUUACAAUGAGCUAGCAAAAGGAGUUCCAGCAAUAUUUGGUCAUUUUCUAACCACCCUUCCUGCAAUCCAUUCCAUGGUUAUCUUCGUGUGUAUAAAAUAUGUCCCUGUUCCAAGCGUGCCUCAGACUGAGAGGUUUCUUUUCAGACGUGUCUGCCCAAGAAGCUAUCAUCUAUUCCGCUGUGUUGCCAGGUAUGGAUACAAAGAUGUGCGGAAGGAAAGUCACCAGGCCUUUGAGCAAAUCUUGAUUGAGAGCCUAGAGAAAUUUAUACGGAAGGAAGCACAAGAGCGUUCGCUUGAGAGUGACGGAGACCAUAAUAAUACGGAUUCAGAGGACGACACGACUCUGUCCAGAGUUUUGAUAGCACCCAAUGGAAGUGUGUAUUCACUUGGACUGCCGCUCUUAGCUGAGCACGAGACAGACAAGCGACCCUGGGAGAAAAGAAGAGCCAGCACGGAUUUUGUUGCAGGUCCUUCGAAUGAAACACCAGCGCUGGAUGCAGAGCAGAGUUUAGAAAAAGAAUUGUCGUUUAUACACAAAGCGAAAGAGUCAGGGGUCGUGUAUCUACUGGGACAUGGGGAUAUAAGAGCGACAAAGGAUUCUUGGUUUCUGAAGAAGCUGGUGAUAAAUUACAUGUAUGCUUUCUUGAGGAAGAACUGCAGGAGAGGGAUAACAAACCUAAGCGUUCCGCAUUCGCAUCUGAUGCAAGUUGGAAUGACUUAUAUGGUUUGA